AUGCCAUCUAAAAGUUGGGCUGCUACUGCAAAACCAAGUGUGCUUGAUAUAAUUAGUAUGGAUGCUGAAUUCGGUGGAACUUCCCAAGUUCCAAACACUGUGGACAUGAUUGGACUUGCUUGCGAAGGAUCUCAAGCAAUGCCAAACAGUAGCAAUGAGAGCAUGUUUCCUUGGGAAAGCACCAAUGCUGAGCAGAUGACAACAGUUGUCGGAGGAGAGUUAUCAGGACAAAAUGCUUUGGUGAAUGUUGACACUAGUAGUGGAACUUCCAGCCAUCCUAUCUCUAGUAUUAAGAGUGAACUUGAAGCAUUACUCAGUCACUCCAUGGAUGAAGACAAUGAUAUCAAUUUGAUAUUUGAUGUUGGGAAAGCCCCAACUCCCGAUGCUGGGAUAGCACCAAUUGCUCAUAUCGGAAUGUCUGGUUAUGCAGCUGCAGGGGAGGCUCCAGCUCAGUUACCUCCCUUUACCCCCUCAUCUUACUUUGGUGAUGGAGUAUGCCACAAUUUAAACACUCUCCCUUGA